AUGUUUUUCACUUUGACAAUUCUUUUCACUGGCCUUUCAGUAGUUUUGUUCAGCUACUAUCGGUACAGGAAACUAGUUAAAAUUAAGACACACUUCGCCGGUCCAGAGUCACAGUUUCUAUGGGGAACCACGUCGAAGUUCGUCGGUAAAAGUAUCCCAGAUAUAUUCGACAUCAUCACUGAGAUGCACAAAACGCACGGCGAAGACGUAGCCAUCAUCGCUGCCUUCAACGAGCUGAUGUUGGAUCUAUCGAGCAGGAAAAACGUGGAAAAAGUUCUGCAGUCCAGGACAACUAAAAAGUCCUUUGUGUAUGACUUUCUGCAACCCUGGCUGGGCAGUGGAUUGCUAAUUUCCACCGGAGAGAAAUGGUUCCAGCGGAGGAAAAUCAUUACCCCCACGUUUCACUUUCAGAUGUUGGAAUGCUUUCUGGAUGUGUUCAACCGGGAAGCGGAUCUGCUGGUUAGUAAACUGAAAAGUAAAGUUGGAAAGGAUGAUUUUGAUAUUUAUGAGCAUAUCACGUUGUACGCUUUGGACAGUAUUUGCGAAACCGCCAUGGGGGUUCAAAUAAAUGCUCAGGAUGAUCCCAACAAUGAGUACGUGAUGGCAGUUAAGCAAAUGAGUACGUUUAUCCUGCGUCGAGUUUUCAGCUUUCUGCGUUCGUUUCCUAAAUUAUUCUUUUUGUACCCUUACGCUGGAGAGCAGAAGAAAGUUAUCAAAAAACUACACUCGUUUACCAACGAGGUUAUUGACUCUCGACGAAAGAUAUUGGAACGGGAAAAUUCUAAAUCCAAAAUUGCCUUUGAUCUACAUGAAAAAGACUUAUACUCAAAGCGCAAGGUGACGUUCCUUGAUUUACUGCUCAGUGUCACCGUGGAUGAUAAACCACUAAGCCGAGAAGAUAUCCGUGAAGAGGUUGAUACCUUUAUGUUCGAAGGGCACGAUACGACCACCUCGGGGAUUUCUUUCACCAUUUGGCACCUUGCAAAGUACGAAACUGUUCAAGAGAAGUUGUACGAAGACAUCUGUAACCAUUUGGGGGAGAAUAAAUCGACUUUCAAGUUAACAAAUAUUCAAAUACAGAAAAUGACUUACCUGGAUAUGGUUAUUAAGGAAUCACUGCGUUUGAUUCCACCGGUUCCGAUAAUUGGCCGAACUCUGCUGGAAGACAUGGAAUUGAAUGGAGUAAUUGUUCCUGCUGGAACCAACGUGAACAUCAAGAUAUAUAAUAUCCAUCGAAACCCGAAGGUAUGGCCUGAUCCGGAAAAGUUCGAUCCGGAACGUUUCUCCAAAGCGAACGAAAGCUCGUACGGUCCGUACGAUUACAUUCCAUUCAGUUUCGGUUCAAGAAACUGCAUUGGGCAGAAAUAUGCCACCAUGGAACUUAAGGUGGCCAUCAUCAAACUGGUAUCGAGCUUUCGAAUUCUACCUGGUGAAUCGAUGGACAGGAUGCGCUUUAAGACGGAUCUGGUAAUUCGUCCCAACAAGGGAAUACCGAUAAAACUGGAGGCGCGAAAUGAAGCAGAGUUGUUGCCGGAAACUAUCAACAGGAUGUUGCUGGUUCUAGCGCUUAUUUUUGCCGGUAUUGGCUACGUGCUCUUCAACUACCACCGAAACCGGCAGCGGGUGCUUAACAUACGAUCACACAUGGAUGGUCCUAAAGCGAACUACUUUUUAGGAACUAUGCCCAUGUUUGUUGGCAAGACCAUACCUGAAAUUUUCGAGGUCAUGACAGAGCUACAUAAAGUUCACGGUGAAGAUAUUGCCAUAAUUGCGGCCUUCAAUGAGUUGGUGCUACAUUUAUCUGGUUCGAAAAAUGUCGAAAAAGUUUUGCUGGCAAAGUCAAUUCGGAAAUCGUUUGCGUAUGAUUUUUUGGAACCAUGGCUAGGCACCGGGCUGCUGAUUUCGACCGGCGAAAAAUGGUUUCAGCGAAGGAAGAUCAUAACACCGACGUUCCACUUUAAGAUGCUGGAGAGCUUUUUGGAAGUGUUCAACACCGAGGCUGACAUUUUGGUGACCAAGCUCGAAAAUCAAGCCGGUAAGGAUGAAUUCGAUAUCUACGAUUACAUCACACUCUAUGCACUAGAUAGUAUUUGUGCAACUUCGAUGGGAGUUCAAAUUCAUGCUCAGGAAAAUCCACAUAACGAAUAUGCUAUAGCCGUCAAACAGAUGAGUACCUUCAUAAUACGGCGAAUAUUUAGCUUUUUGCGUUCAUUUCCGUCACUGUUCUUUCUGUAUCCUUAUGCCAAAGAUCAAAAACAGGCGAUUUUAAAGCUGCACAAUUUCACCAAUUCGGUAAUCGAUUCCCGAAGAAAGUUGUUGGAGCUGGAGAAAACCAACUCCAAAGUGGCAUUCGAUCUCCAAGAAGAAGAUAUGUAUUCGAAGAAAAAGUUAACUUUUCUCGAUCUGCUGUUGAACGUUACGGUGGAUGGUAAACCACUGAGCCGUGAGGAUAUUCGUGAGGAAGUGGACACUUUCAUGUUCGAAGGCCACGACACAACCACUUCGGGCAUUUCGUUCGCGAUUUGGCAUUUGGCCAAAUACCAAGACGUUCAGCAACAGUUGUACGAAGAAAUUAUUCGAAUUGUGGGAAAGGAUAAAACUUCCGGACAACUAUCGAACAGGCAGAUUCAGGAACUCGAAUAUCUGGAUAUGGUUGUAAAGGAAUCUCUACGCCUGAUGCCUCCGGUGCCGAUUAUUGGGCGUAAACUUGUUGAAGAUAUGGAAAUGAAUGGUACAAUCAUCCCAGCCGGUACGACGAUUUCGAUCAUGAUCUACAACAUUCACCGGAAUCCCCGAAUCUGGUCUGACCCGGAUAAAUUCAUCCCAGAACGGUUCUCCAAAUCGAAUGAGAGCACUCGUGGUCCAUAUGAUUAUAUUCCAUUUAGUGCGGGGUCACGAAAUUGCAUCGGUCAAAAGUACGCCAUGAUGGAACUGAAGGUAACGCUUAUCAAAUUGUUGGCAAACUACAGGGUGCUACCGGGAAAAUCGAUGGCCAAAAUGGAAGUCAAAACGGAUCUGGUACUUCGUCCGGAUACUGGCAUUCCCAUCAGACUGGAGCAGCGUUGA